AUGUCGACCACCACGAAACAAUCCGCUCGCCCGCGCCGCAUCGAUGAUGCCCUCUCCCAACUUGUCGACUCUUUGAGCCCCGCGAUUCCCCUUGCCGCGGUGAACUACGACGACUACUCGGACGAGGAAGAGGCAAUCACCGCAGCCGAGUCACACCGUCACAAUGCCCAGCUUGAGCGCGCCUGGCGUACGAUCGAUGCACAUAAAGCUGCCAACUCGGCAGAUCCAGGUUCUCCCGCAGGCUCGGGCGGGCGCCGGGGUAGUCUAGCCGGCGUGGAAAGCGUCAACAACGCACCUGAUUUGAUCAAGCGUAAAUUCCGACGCGAGAAUCCCAGCCCAGACAAGGUGACUCGCUUUUCGAAUCUGUACACGCGUCUUCUGACACAACCCGUCCUUUCGCAAAAAUGGGGUAUCCUGUACCUUCUCUACAAAUUGUCCGGGAAUGACGAGCCGGCCGGCGGCGAGCGGAGUCGCAGUCCCCUGAUGGACGACGGGAACCUGCAGAAUAUGCUUGGACGCGAGACAUAUCGCUCGCGACGAGGAACAAACUCGCGCGCUUUUGAGUCAGAGGAUGAGGGGCCUGCUGCUGGCUCUUCCGCCUCGCAGAAGAUUCCGCUCUCAUCGCGACCCAACUCUCUUGCCGAGGGGGGGGUCUACAGAACAUACUGCGCCAACUACGAUACCGACCGGGAAGCCGAUGACCGUCAAGGUGCGGCGUCACCGACAAUGACGCCUAGUUAUCCACGAUCGAAAGAGUCGGUUGAGCAUAGGCUCUUGCGAGAUUUACCGUUCAAUCUUCAGGGCCUGUCUUCUUCCAACCUGCAAUUUCAAUCUUCCUCAGUCCUGAAGCUUCCGGCUACAUUGCCUUCUCCCAUUAUUUCUCUUCUGCACUCCCUGGCGGAGCCUUGUCUUCUUUACAAAGAGUUGGCGGAGUUCUGCGAUGGUACGAAUAAGGGGUUGGUCCACCAGAGCCUGAAAGCUGCCAUCUCCAAAGAAUUGCAGUCCUACCUUGGAUUGGUAGCAACGCUAGAGGCGGAAAUUAGACAGGCCUUGGUCGCGAUUGGAGAUGGAACCCAACCCCAGGGUGUGAGAAAAGGAGGCGUUACGUUGAAGAGGUGUAUGGUAUGGACGCGGGAUGCAACAAUGGCACUUCGGUUGAUGAGUCUGAUUGUCGAGGAAUCUCGGGAUAAAAAGGGUGGUCAGUUGAUUUCCUUAAUCCACGGAUUUUCAACAUCACACGGAGACCCUUUCGUGGGUGCCUUUGCCGAGAAGCUCCUGGCCCAUGUUACCCGUCCGUUCUACGAUAUGCUGCAGCUAUGGAUCUACGACGGCGAACUUUCUGAUCCGUACAAGGAAUUUUUCGUCGAUGAGCCAGAAUUCCGGCCUAGCAAUGACCCGCGUGGCAUCGCAACGAGCGUCUGGGAACACAAGUAUAAAUUGGUCGAUGGGCUCAUUCCUUCGAUUGUCACACGUGAAUUUGCAGAGAAGGUCUUCCUCAUCGGAAAGUCAUUGAACUUUAUUCGGACUGGGUGUGAGGAUUCUGCGUGGGUAGAGGCGUAUUCCAAAGAAGCGUCCAAGGAGCUGAAAUACGGCGAUACGGACACUUUGGAAUCUUCGAUUGACCAAGCCUACAAGACAACCAUGGCACGACUAAUCCAUCUCAUGGAUGACAAGUUUAAGUUGUUUGACCACUUGCGAGCGCUAAAGAAGUAUCUGCUGUUAGGCCAAGGUGACUUCAUCGCUCUGUUGAUGGAAUCAUUAGCCUCGAAUUUAGACCGUCCUGCGAACUCGCAAUACCGACAUACACUUACUGCCCAGUUGGAGCAUGCUAUUCGAGCAUCGAAUGCUCAGUAUGACUCUGCCGAUGUGCUUCGUCGGCUGGAUGCACGAAUGCUUGAGCUGAGUCACGGUGAAAUCGGCUGGGACUGCUUCACACUGGAAUAUAAGAUCGAUGCCCCGGUAGAUGUUGUGAUCACUCCCUGGGGGUCAAGGCAAUAUCUCAAAGUUUUCAACUUCUUGUGGCGUGUGAAACGAGUUGAGUUUGCCCUGGGUAGUACCUGGCGCAGAUGUAUGACCGGCGCACGAGGAGUACUAGGGAAUGUGGAGGACAUCCUAGGGGCAGACUGGAAACGCGCACGAUGUGUCAUCGCAGAAAUGAUCCACUUCGUCUGCCAGCUCCAAUACUAUAUUCUCUUCGAAGUGAUCGAGUCUAGCUGGGAUCAACUGCAAAACGAGAUGACAAAGCCGGAUUGCACUCUGGGCGACCUGAUCGAUGCACACAACAAAUAUCUGAACUCUAUCACACACAAGGGCCUGCUGGGCUCUACUUCAACCCCAAGAUACGGUUCAUCGACCUCAACAUCCGCGAAACAGCCAGAAGAAAGCUUCCUCUCCCAGCUCCAUCAGAUUCUGAAGAUCAUGCUCGCAUACAAGGACGCCGUGGAUGGCCUAUACUCCUUUUCUGUUGCUGAAUUCACCCGCCGACAGGAGUUACUGGCCAAGAUUGAGACACGUACUGCGCAAGGUCGGUGGGGCGUUACAGACAGCGACAUACGUCCACGCCGCGCGAACAGCCGCGGAGGUGCAUCUAUAGCAUCCACCCCAGACAUCCGUCCGGCGAGCGCAGGGGUUGGCGGGAUCGAAACACCCUAUUCCCUUGACGCAACUGAUAUGAACGAUGAUCAAAUGCUCCCAACCUUACGCACCCGACUCCGUGACCUCUCUGCCGACUUCAAAUCGCGCCUCAACAUUCUCCUUGGAGACCUUGCCUACCAACCUGAUGUGGACAUGCGCUUCCUGGGCGUGGUCAUGAAUUUCAAUGAUGUGUAUGAACCCAUUCGUCCAAACCGUAGGAAGCCUACGACUACUUCUCGAGACAAGGAGAAAGAAAAGGAGCGGGAACGCGCGAAGAGGAAAGCUGCGGGUACUGCUGCAUCAGCAAAUGCUGGGUCUGGGACGGAAUCCACUGCCCCGAAGGAGGCUCGUCGAGAGUAG